AUGGCGGGCGCAGACGACGAAACCUUCGAGUUCGAAAUUGGUGACAAAGUCCUUGCAUACUUCGAUGGAUUGCUUUACGAGGCAACAUGUACAGACCGGCGAUUUUCGAACACAGGAAUAAUACAGUACUAUGUUCAUUACACGGGCUUUAAGAAAAGAUGGGAUGAAUGGUCUGAUUAUGAUGAGGUGUUGGAAAUUAAUAAAAUUAAUUUGGCCCAUAAGAAAAAUUUAGAAUCUGUUCGGUUAGCUUAUAGAGCAAAUCUAGUAAAAAAAUCUCAAAAAGCAAGGAGAACAAAUGAUGCUUCUUCCGCACAACCAGAAAAAAGAAAACGAGGCAGGCCAAAAAAAAAUGUAGAACAAUCCGCUGAGCCAUCUUCUGCAAAAAAUGUAGAACAAUCCGCUGGGCCAUCUUCUGCAAAAAAUGUAGAAAAAUCCUCUGGGCUAUCUUCAGCAAAAAAAGUUGUACAAUCCGCUGGGCCAGCUUCAACAAAAUUUCCAGAACUAGCUACAGCAACAUUUAUAGAACCAGCUGCAGCAAAAUUUUUAGAAGCAGCUCCAGUAAAUUUUGUAAUGGCAGAUUCAACAAAAUUAAAGAACCUAAUUGUGCAAAUAGUCGAUAUACUAAAAUAUCCAGAAACAGCUCCUGCGCAAUUGGCAGAACCAGAUUCAGCACAAAUCGCAGAAUCAGGUUCAGCACAAUUCAUAGAAUCAGAUACAGCACAUUUUGCAGAACCAGCCGUUGAAAAAUCUGCUGAAUUAGCUGUUAUUACUUAUGAAAAACCCACUACAACACAAUUUGCAGGGCUAGCUCCUGCGCAAUUGGCAGAACUAGCCGUCGAAAAGUCAAGGAUACAAAAAUUUGCAGAAGCACAUUCAGCACGAAUCGCAGAACCCGAUACAGCAAAAUUUUCAGGACCAGCCGUUGAAAAUUCUGCGGAAGCAGCCAUACGGACAUUUGAAGAAUCUAAUACAACACAAUUUUCAGGGCUAGUUCCGGCACAAUUCGCUGAACUAGCCGUACAAGAAUCAGACCUUAAAAUAUUUGUAGAACCCGAUUCAACACAAUUUACAGAACCAGCUACAGAAAAAUUUGUUCCGGCACAAUUUGCAGAACCAGCCGUUGAAAAAUCUGCUAAAUCAGCCAUUCUUCAUUUUGAAGAGCCCACUACAACACUAUUUGCAAAACCAGCUACAGCACAACUUCCAGAAGCAGCCGUAGAAAAAUCCGCCGAAUCAGCUAUACAAAAUUUUGCGGUGCCAUCUACAUCACAAUUUGCAGGGCUAGUUUCGGCACAGUUUACAGAAUUAGAUAUAGAAGAAACAGACAUACUAAAAUUCGCAGAAAAAUAUUUUGCACCAUUCACAGACCCAGCUACAGCACAAUUUGCAGGACCAGCCGUAGAUAAAUCUGCUGAAACAGAAUUAUCAUUUUCAGAACCAACCACAACACGAUUUUCAGAGCCUACCUCGGCAAAACUAGCUGUAGAAAAAUCGGAGUUAAUAAAAUUUGCAGAACCUUAUUUUGAUCUAUUCGCAAAACCAGCUACAACAGAAUUUUCAGAACCAGAUGUAGAAAAAUCUGUUGAAUCACUUAUGCCAACAUUUGUGGAACCUGCCACAAUACAAUUCGCAGAACCUACCUUGGCACAAUUUGCAGAUCUAGAAGAAUCUGCCAUACAAACGUUUGCAGGGCCAUCUACAUCACAAUUCGCAGAACCUGCUGUAGAAAAUUCUGCCGUAUCAUCCAUACAUACAUUUUCGGAAACAGAUGUAAAAUCAAAACGAGUUAAAAAAUCUCAAGAACCAUGGACACCAGAAAAUUCUUCUUCCUCAACACCGGCAAAAAAAAAACGAGGCAAGCCAAAACAAAAUGUAGAACACAGCACACUGCAGAACACUGCAGGGCCAUCUACAUCACAACCUGCCAUAGAAAAUUCAGCCGUACAAACAUUUUUCGAAUCAGCUACAGUACAAUUUGCAGGGCCAGCCUUAGCACAAUUUGCAGGGCCAGCAUCAGCACAAUUCGCAGAACAGGCUAUAGCACAAUUUAUAGAACCAGCUGUAGGAGAAUCUAUCCAAACUGAAGUUGAAGCAGCUGUUCAGAUUGUUGAAAAUGACGUAAUAGAGAUUGUUCCACGUUCAGAGCAACUUGCCAUCGAGUUGUUUAGGGAAAUGGAACUACCACCAGUUUUAAAAAGAGUGUUGGAUUAUGACCGUUUGAUGCAUUUCAGAUUCCAAAAAGUUUUAAAGUUUGCAAAGGGAAACAGUUUCGCAGAAAUAAUCUAUACCUUCACUAAUUCAUCUUAUUUUAUAGAUGAUGACCAAAAAAAAAAUUCAACGAUGUUCUGUCUUACUUUAAUGAAAUAUUUUAAUAUUUGUGUUCACAAUCGUUUAACAUACCUGACCGAGAAAAGAUUCUACUCAACAAAAAAGGGCGCGGCAUAUUAUGAAACAAGAAUGAAUGUUCGACCAUCAAUCAACGAAAGGUUUAAACAUCAACUAAAUCCCAAAAACCUUUGGUGUUAUUUGUAUGGUCCAAUGUAUCUAUUAAGAUUUAUUGAUGCUUUACCAACAAUUUUGUUAUCAAAUUCGUGGUUUCCUGACUAUGAUUUAGAGACCUUUGUUCAUCAAAUUAAAGAAUUGUUGAGGUUUUUGGCUGAUAAUUUUACGACUUAUUUCUCUGAAUGUGAUUACAUGGACUUUGAAGCUGAAUGA